UCGGCGCCUCAGACACAUCUGUGAAAACCGGGAGGAGGGAGGGGGGCGAACUUCCGCCGACCGUGUGCUAUUUGUGCAAACAUUUGAACUCAGAGGAUGUCUCUUCUUCUUUGAAUAGUUUUUUUGAGAGUUCGCCGCUUCUCGCUCACAAGUUCCUCUACGACUUUCCGUGCCGCGUGGACCGACAUUAGCGACUCAGCCCCUUCGCCUCCCCCGCCGGACACGCGAACGAGCGGAGCCACGCCGCCUUCGGAACGCCGAGAAGCGGGCUCCUCUCUCGCCGCGUGCUCGCCUCCUCCCUCCGGAGCUGGAGAGAUGCCCGGGGGAGGAUGUGCUCCAGCCGCAAGAUCCUGUGGAGCCUGCUCCUGCUCUCCUUGGUGGAGGUGGGCCUGGGUGUGGCGAGCAUCGUCUUGGGAGCGGUGGGCAUUGUCUGGGUGCGCGGGGAACACCCGCCUCAGCAGGGCGACGCGUCUCCGGUGUGGAGUGGACUCUGUUUUCUGCUCUGUGGGAUCUGCGGAGUGCUGUGUGCUUGGAAGAGGACAGGUCUUAUUAUGAUCCUCUUCUCAGCGUGCUGCAUCUGCGGCCUGAUCGCCGGGAUUCUCAACUUCCAGUUUGUUCGGGCGCUGAACAAACGGCCAAACUCAUUGCAAUCGAUUCACCUGGCUGCCAUGACACUGGCUUGUCUGGGGAUCUCAACCUGUACCUUAUCCACAUGGCUUACCUGUCGACUGGCCAGCUCUGAGCAGCAGAGGAUGUUCAUGGAGAGGGAGCACUCGCUGCACCAUUCGCAUGAGAUGACCGAGAAGGAGGUCCUUGACAACUCCAGUAACGGCAUUCCUCAGGUCUCCUACAACGGACACACUUCGGCGUCACCUUGAUGAUUCCACACACACCAACACAAAGACGGUUACUGCAAUAUUAUCUGUGGGACAGAAGGUUCAGCUUGCGGCUCACUCAACAUAUCCAACUGUCCUGACCUGAAUGCACAAAGCGGACCAGGACUCUCACCUUGGAAACCCUCACUACUGUCGGAGAGAGAAACGGAGCAUCAGGACAGCCAUCGUGCUUCUGAAUUAUUAUGCAGACACUGGUUCAAAAAUCCUCAGCUCAAACCAAAGCCAGGACGCUGAACUUUUGUUUGGAUGACAGCUCUUUGUGACCUCUCUCUUAACGUUAAUGAGCGGGCAGGGUGGAUUUUUCCCUUGAAACAAUGAGCACAAAGUUAGCAUGCGGCUCAUCUCUAUGUAUCAAAGAGCUAUUGCAAUUUCAGUCUCACUGUCUUAACUCGAUCUCUCUGUCUAGUAAUCAGUUUAAUGAAUGCAGUCUGAGAUAGUCAACAGUAAACUGUAUGUAUUGUCUGAUGAUGGAAUGCUUUGACAUGAUAACGCAGCAACUGUACUGUACUAUCUAACAAUGCUUGUAUAAUAAAUUGUUAUUU